AUGAAAGAAAUUAAUAAAAUUAAGGAAGAAUCAGAGGAUAUAAUAGCAGAAAUUAGGGGAGAAGCAUUGAAUAAGAAAGAAAAACAGUUAGCAAAAAUAAAAGAAUUAGAAACAAAACUUAGUGCUGCUCAAACUGAUUUGUCUAACGAGAAACAAGCCCGUCAACGAGUUGAAAAAGAAAGAGACCAGCGACCAAAUAUUACUUUUGAAGAUUAUGAACGUCUUUUAGAUGAACUUGAAAAAUUAAAGAAUGGUUUAGGAGGUAAAACUUUGGAACAAGUUCAAAUUGAAUUAAAUAAAAUAAGUGAAUUAGAAAAAAGACCAACCCUCGAACAAUUAGAUGGGUUAACUGAAAAAAACACUCAGUUGCAACAACAGAUUGGUAAUUUGCAAGACAUUAUUAAUAAACUACCUGCUGGACUUAUUGGAGAAAAUGAGGAAAUAGAUGAAAAAUCAUUAACUUUAUUAACUAACCUUUCAGAAACGAUUAGAAAAUUAGAAAACGAACGAUUAGAAAAUGAGUUAAAAGAAUCUCAAGAGAAAGUAAAGCGUUUAGAAGAGGAUAAAAACAAAGGAUCAGGAAAACAAUUUCUUGAAGAGAUAAAAGUUUUGGUCGGCGAAGAAGAUGAGGAAAUAAAUGUGUUGGAAAAACUGUUGGCAGAAAAAAGGAUAAAAUCAAAACGGUUAAAAAAUAGGAAAGUAGAGUUAGAGAAUGAAUUAGAAGGAGGUGGUAGUAAAUUAAGUGAGUUAACUGAAGCGAAUACUCGGUUGCAAGAACAAAUUUCUGAUUUGCAACAACAAUUAAAAGACACUUUAGCAAAUAAAAAGCCUGAACUCUCUUCUCCCAAAGUAGAUACUGAAAGCAAAGCCAAAAAAGUAAUUCAGACAGAAUUAGAUAAGUUUAGCAACAUUAAAAUCGAAGAGAUUGGUGAUGAGGAGUUUCUUAGUUUGCAUAAAAAAUUUAAAAAAAUGAAAAAUUGGAUACUUGCUGGUAAUGAUGAAGAAACUGAAGCAGCCAUAAAUAAACAGUCUGAGUUAAAAGAAAUAAAUAUAGUGGAGGAUAUUUAUCAACAAAGACCAAAACACAAAUAUAUAAUAGAUUUAAUUAACGAAGGAAAAGAAGCAAUUGAACAUAAAAAUGUUGAUUUAGCCAAUGAGGUUUUAGAUGACUUAAAAUUUCUUGAAAAAAAAGAAAAGCAAGCAUUUUUUAGCAAAAUAGUUGAGAUAAAUAGGUUGAAGAAAGAAAUGCGUCCUUUAAUCCAAUCUCAACAAGCACAAAUUGUUCAAACUGACCAGCAAGUAGAAAAAGUGACUAACAAUUUUGAAGUUUCUUGUCCCUCACGACAGGGUAGUGGUUUAGGAACGGUAGCAAUAUUUAGCGGGGUUUUGUUGAUGCAAGUUGAAUUAGAAAACAAACUAAAAGAAGUAAUAAGAAAUAAACCUUUUAAUUUUGCCGAGUAUAAGAGGAUUCAGGAGGAGUUGAGUAGGUUAAGGGAGGCAGAACUUCCCGAAGAAAUUCCGUUGAAAAAAUCCCCCCCAACAGAAAAUGAUUUCAAAAAAGCAUUUGGAGUUGCAGCCUACAGUGAACUAAAAUUAGGUGUCGCAGAUUCACUUGCUGCUUGGAAAAACGGCUGGAAUUAUUACAAAGAAGGAAACUUUAAUGAUAGAAAAGAUCUUCCUUACAAUAAAUCAAGGAAAGAACUUGGAAUUUGGGUUCAGGAAUUUGAAAAGGUAAAAGGUGGUUAUGGAACAAUAACUCCGGAAAGUAGAAAAGUUAAAGGAAGCACUUAUGAUAAGAUUCCAAUUAGUCAAAAAAAAACUUUGGCUCAAGGGAAAGAGGGGGCUAAAAUGAAAUUAAUAGAUUUUUCCAGGAAAUUCAAUAUUAGUAAAGAAGAAGAAA